GCUUCUCCGUUCAGAAGCUGCAGUUUCUCCAUUCGAAUCCUGAUCAGCCGCGACCGCCUUUUCCUCUCUCUCCAGUGGCCAUAGAUCGGUCGCUUCCUCCAUUUCUACUACCGUACACCAAACUUUCCCCUUUUCUUGAUCUUACUGGGAAAGCAGCACGUAUCAAUCUGAUCAGGCCACGUCUCAAGGCCAACAAAAGAAGACCUUCCAUAGAUUUCUUCUUAAAACCACUCUAAUAGCGAUCGGGAGUCCCGUGAGUAGCAGCAAGCAGCAGAUGCAGGCCAAGAACGCUUUGAGAGACUUGAAAAGUAGAUCUCGGCAGCCGGCCUUCAUUAGCUGGUCUCCCAGACGCCUGUAGAGCUGACUUGCUGUACCCACUAGACCUCGUCACGGUGAUAUCGCGGUCAGCGUCAGCGUCACCGUCAGAGGUUUAAGCAUCUGAGCUCUAGAGAAUCGUUUCCUCUUUCAGAUAUAGCAGACCGAGUCUGCUUCCGGACGUUUCAGAGCAGACUUGCUGUGCCAGCCAGGCCGGUCGGCAUGGUGUUAUGGGAGCUGACGCUGGCGACGGCGUACUUCCUCGGACUCAAACGGACUUACCGCCUGGCGCUUAGAAUGCAGCGGAAAGUUCUUGUAUCGAGACCAGGGAUUCGCGACUUCGCGAAAAGGCGCACCCGAGCAGUGUUCGGGGUGGCCCUCACGGCCGUCGAGACCAUCCAGCACCGAGACAUCCAGAUUGGCCGCUCUGUCGGCAACUUCCUCCUGCGCUUCCUCGACCGCAUGAAGCCCUCAGCUCACAUCCGCGGGGAUGCACCUGUGCAGGGGGGUGCGGGAGUCAAUUCAAUCCAUGCACCCAUGCCAGGAAGUGCUGGGGUUAAUUCAAGCCAUGCACCCAUGCCAGGAAGUGCUGGGGUUAAUUCUAGCCAUGCUUCCGUGCCGGGAGAAACAGCAGGGGGCGGUGGGCUUUCUUCAAACCACGGUGUUGGGGGGUCACACGCUACUGGCGCUGCAGCAGGACAGCAUGGCAGUGUCAGUACUAGCAGCAGCAGCAGCAGCGGCAGUGGAGUGACUAGCAGCAGCAGUAGCAGAAGUUUUAGCACCAUCGCUGGCCUCGGCGCCAGCAGCAGAGCCAGCAGCAGCAGCAGCAGCAGCAGAGCCAGCAGCAGCAGCAGCAGCAGCAGUGGUAGCAUACAUGGUUGGGAACGGAAGCACGUGCAUACACAUGCAUUCGCGCCUAUCCAAACCCCCUCAUCCCUUUCAGCGCACCUGGCAUCCACAGCACUCCUGCAAUCCUCCACAUCCCUCCGGGGGCUCAUGCUGCCAAGCAGAGGAACCCAAAUUCUGUCACACGGCUGUCUUGCUGCAGUGCAAACCUUUCCUCGCCCGCCCUCUAUGGCGCCACUCUACCUGCAGCCUCGCUCGUCUCAAACUUCCCUGCUCUCGUCUCAAUUCGCCACUCCGUCCUCCUCCAAUCUCCCUUCUGCCACCGGUGCCGCCCCUGGUGCUGCUGCUGCCUUUACCUGCUUACCGCGGAUAGUCCAGUCGCUAUUGGCACCUGGAUCGAUGUGAGUCCAGCCGCUAUUGGCGCCUCGAUCGAUGUGAGCGACUUAUGUUUAGGGCCCGCCCUUUGCUGGGAGUAGCCCGCCGCUGCUGGUGUUUCCCCUGGCGCUGCUGCUGCCUUUACCUGCUUACCGAGAAUAUUCCAACCGCUAUUGGCGCCUGGAUCGAUGUGAGUCCAGCAAUGUGGUAUUUUCAGGCGCUUCAAACCCGCCCAUUGCCGGGUGGGAGUAGUCCGACCGCCGCUGCUGUUUCCACCGGUGCAAGCAGCUUUUAGCUCGUAGGAAAGACAACAGGCCUAUGUAGGGAGAGCGAAGUAAAGCCUGCUUCUGAGUGGAUGGAUGUAAUUUUCGGAGGAGAUGCCCAUGUGUCGACGUAGUACAUUACGGUUGGUGGUGUACUUCAAUAAUGUUAAUGAUGAACU